AUGUUCGGCUGUGUUUAAUGCAUACAUAAUACUUAUGUAAUAUGUAUAGUUCCGAAAUUAAGAUACUCGCAGUGCAUGAGUCACGAUGUAGAUAAAGCACGUAUUUUUAUUGUUUUUGUUCUUUAAAGACAUUUUCUUUUUGUUGUCACUCGUCAGUGAUGGAAUUUCAGUGUGUCGCGUCGAAGGUUUAAACAAUCGUCUCCCUCAUUCAAGCUAUUGAAAAUGAUGAUUUUAAUUGUCUAAAGAUUUGUAUUGUUUCGGUGCUUCAUUUUUAAGGUUAGUUCUGAAGGUGUCUUUAUGAUUUUUGGUAAUCACAAACCCGUUCUGUACUGAGUGAUUAUGAUUAUACGAUAUCAACAUCCAUCGUCUAUCUGCAUGAUUUGAACGAAUGUGUGCACCGCAAGUGACCUUGACAGCUGAUGCGUGGGAAGUGAAAUUUCGUAGUGAUGUAACAUUGUAUUGCUUUUAUGAUUUAGAAGGUCUUUCACUUUUAUCAAUGAAAUGGUACAGAGGAACGAGAGAAUUUUUUCGAUAUGAUCCAUCGCUGCGUCCACAUACGAAAACGUUCCCAAUAUUUAAUACAAAAGUCGAUCUGAAUCGAUCCAAUGAGACGCAAGUCACACUGCAAGAAGUCGGAUACGAAUUAGAUGGUAAAAUUAAAUGCGAAGUAACCAUCGAUCAUAUUUAUAAAGUGAUAUCAGCUCAAGAAUAUCUUUCCGUAAUUUCGUUGCCGAAAGAAAAACCGAAAAUUGUUACGAAUAAGGAAAAAUAUAAUAUUAAUGAUACGUUACUAGCCAAUUGCACGUCGUCAUUGUCGCAUCCGCCGUCUUCGCUCAGUUUUUUAUUGAAUAAUGAACCGGUUGGUAUGCCAGUCAGCAAACACAUAGGCUGCAAUGAAACGGAAAAGGGUUUUCCAACUAUUCCGUGCGAAAAUAACGAUAACACAACAGUCUGGACGUGGUUACCAUUAAAUCUGACUUUGCUGGAGUCACAUUUCAGGCACGAUAAUCUGAAUUUGCAAUGUACUGCAGUUAUAAAUAAUUUCAGACAUUCUUCAGCCAAAAAAAUCAUACCAUUAAAAAGCAGUGAACCGAAACCGGAAAGAGUGAGAUCAUCGCUGAAUUCAUCAAGCCGAACUGAUUGCAGUUACCAUUUUGUAUUGUUUAUCGUAUUUUGGAUAUUGAAUCGAUAACACUCGAAGUUCUUGUUAGUGUAAUUUUUUUAAAUCUUAUUUUAUUUGUUGUAAUAUUUUGUAAAUAAUUUUUAGAUAGAUUUGUUUACUAUUUUGCUUAUUAUUUGUGCAUUAAAUGUUUUUAUUUA